ACGGGGGAGAAUGUAGCAUUUCCUCUCUGCCCCUCUCCUCUGUAACCCUGCCUUUGUGCAACAUAGUGCAAGGGACAACUGUUACUCUUUCAUGCAGUGACUUACAGAAACAGCCUUUGAAAGUACUUGCCAUUUCCUCUCCUCAUCAACAGUCACUCUCUUACUGAACUAUAUUGCCUUUUACAUUAUCCUGUUCCCUGGUACAAAGUCAUGUCUGUUGCACUUAGGAUGUGGCAUAUUACAGAGCAAAGUUCCUUUGAGGUCACUUAAAACCUGUUUUAAUCGUCACAGCCUGGGCUAGUAGCACAGGAACAACUGUAUGAGCGAGUCAGCCUAAUCAUGAAAUGAUUAGCACUUUUGGCAGUGGAGGCUCUGUAGCCGGAAGGUGGCUGCCCCACUGUUGCUGGGCUCCAAUUUGCUUGUUGCUGCCUUCUGCUCUUCCAUAGUUGUUGGUGCAGCGGUGCUGCAGAGCAUGCUAGUCUGUCAGUGAUCUAAGGGUGUGUGAAUCGUAGCACAGAGCAGGGAACAGAGAUAACUCUUAUUUAUUUAUUUAUUUAUUUAAUUUUUAAAUGACACUAAUCUCAGGUUUUGCCUGCUUGCCCAAUCAAUAAAAUACACAUUGGGUAACUUGUGGGUUUCUUUUCUCAUGAAUGACACCAGAAUCUCUGUCUGUUUUGGUUAUAAAAUCGUUGUUAGAGUGCCAGGUUACAGCAAAGAGGAUGAAAAUUUUGAUUUCUGAAGUUCACAGAGGAAACAAUACCUAGUUUAAACACUGCUGCAGUGGAAGUAACAUCCAGCUGAGAUGGCUGGUACCACCAUAAUUAAUCUCCCCUUUGUGAGAGGAGGAGAAGAAUUACAGACAAAGCCAGUUUCUCAGAGCAGACAGCCGACUUGAUCUGGGACUCAUUCCCAAAGAAGACGACAGAACUUUGGAGGAGUCCUGGGUCUCUACCAUGGAAAAGGACAGUUGAAGCUGCUGUGUUGCUAGUGUGGUACCUGUUUGUGCUUUUCUGGUACAGCCUUGCUGGAUAAGUACCCAGAGAACAGUGUGGGAGAGCUCUGCAGUGUGUCUUACAGGGCAGUUUGCUCUGGUGUUAAAACUCUGUGCAGAAGAGCUUAGCAGUGACCUCGUAGUUGUGAGGACUCUUUGGAGAGGCCAGCGUACUCAUCUGCAGCUUUUGCACGAGAUGAUGAUCUGAGCUCUGCAACUCAACACCGCCUUCCAUCUAAAUAUACCAAGCCCAGACCUCUGAACCGCAGACCUCACCAGAUGGAACUUUGCUCAGUUGUGUAGCUUUAGCUCCUGCCCACUCAAGAUGAAGUUAAAACUCAAGAACCUCCUGAGGUAAGGGAUGGCUUAAGACUUCUAUCCCACAUUGGAUAUCCCUACACUCCAGCAGAAAUCAUGGCAGAUAUUUCCUGGACUGAAGGAGUCUCCAGCGAGACAGUUGCCAAUGCCAGUUCAGAAUUCAGUUUGGAAGCAGACUUCCAGUAUUCCCUGUUUACUGUCAUCUACAGCAUUGUCUUUGUGCUGGGACUGGUAGAAAAUGUCUUGGCUCUGUACCUCCUGUCCUGCAAAGUAAAGCACACUUCUCAUUCCUAUGUAUACCUCAUUAAUCUAGCUGUGGCAGACACCUUGUUUGUUUGCGUGUUGCCUUUUAAAAUUCAUUACCACCUGAAUCGGAACAAUUGGAUCUUUGGUGACGUGGCUUGUAGGAUAACUGGGACUCUGUACUAUAUCAACAUCUAUCUCAGCAUUGCCUUUUUCACCUGCAUUUGUGUCGAUCGUUACAUUGCAGUGUUGCACCCCUUCACGUACAUCCAGAUCAAAGUCAUCCAUUACGUGACGGUGGUCACAAUCCUUUGGGUGGUCGCUCUAAGUGUCAUGGUUCCGCUUAUCCUUGGAGGUCCCCUCCACAACAGUGGUGUGGGGAACAUGACAGCAUGUUUUGAGAACUUUGCUACGAGUAGCUGGACUUACCGCAUGGCACCUUACAACGUCCUGGCCUUAGUUUUUGGGUUUGUGAUCCCGUUCUCCAUCAUUCUAAUCAGCUAUCCUCUCAUUGCUAAGAGGAUCUCCCAGAUCAAACACAGCAUUCGCAAGAGGAAGGCCCUGAGCACUAUCUACAUCAUCUUGGUCAUUUGUAUUUUGUGCUUUCUCCCGUAUCAUCUCACUCACUUGCUCCACUUUUUAAUGAGAAUCCAGGUCAUCCAGAAUGAGUCAUUUACCAGCUUGAUCUACAAAAUGCGAAGAGUCACCUUAGCCCUAGUGAGCUUCAACUGUUGCCUUAACCCACUCUUGUACUACUUCACCUCUUCCAGCAAGCAUUGGUACUUCAACUUCAAGCUCAGAUUCAGGUCUAAAAUGGUGUACACCAUUUGUGACCAGAAAUGCGGGGAGUCCUCCUAUGUUUAUAAACUACAACAGAGACAUGGAAAUAAAAAAGACAGAGAUGGAAUCAACUGAUCUACUUAAAAACCACACAGCUUCUGAAAACUGCUGAGUUUCCCACCCUGUGAAACGUGAGACUUUGGAGAGAAAUUAUCAUUUGUGGGUUAUCGGAGUCACCAGAAAACCACUGGCCCGGCUGAUAAACUGCUUCAAAGCCAAGGGUUUACUUAAAAGAAUGUGAUUUUGGUAACAGAUAGACUGUUCCUUCCCACGCUGCCCCCGAACUUUAUGAAGUGUGUACAUGCUGUUGGCCUGUAGGCAUGCAAGACUGCUGAGCAGAUGAGAACAGAAGGGAAAUGGUGAUGGGGUUUGUUUAAGGGGGAACAAGGUAUGCCGAACUGUGGCAACGUGCUAAAUCUGUAUUUCCAUUUCCAAAUGUGCAGAAGGGAGGCUAAAAGUCAUGCUUUGACCUGGCAGGCUGCAGCAGAUGGUUGGGGUUCCCAGGUUAUGCGGUGCUGUUGGACUUGGAACAAGAAUGGCCGUGGACCUUACAAGAGGGAGGGAGUAGGAUUGCUGUGGCAGAAUGGUGUGUGAGAUAAAUGAUUGUGUGUCUCGAGAUGAUGUGUAAGUUUUCUUUGCAUAACAAUGGAUGUUGCAGCAUCUGCCCAUAUUCGGCCAAUCUUCUGAUGGCAGCUGAUGCCAGAGUCUAUGCUCUGGUUAAGGACAGGAGGUAAGAGGUUUGGAAAAGAAGCAGCAUUAGUGUAGGGGUAUGUUGGGGUUUUGGUUUGGAGAAAAAAAACCCAUGCAUUAUGAUGAUAAGCAAGGGUCUUGGAUUUGGGACGCUGUAGCUUAUCAGUUAAAGCCAAUCAAUAAACCACUUCAGCAGUCUGAGAUGGAUGCAGCAAGCAAACCGUGAGCAAAUCUGAAAUUAUUAUAACAGAGGUAAAGCUUUGUAACAGAUGGUGUUUGUGGGUGUAGUGUUGCAUUUGUUAGGAUGGGCCUGACCUGCAUUAGUUACUGCUAUGUGCAGUUUGAGUUGUGUUGAAUGGAUACCUGUUAGUAAUGAUGGGUCAGCCGCUGACCUCUCCCUUUCUGUAUUUUGCUUUUAGCUUGGAGGAAUUUUUAAGUAUCAGUGAGAAAACCUGCUCAAACUUUUCUAAAAUAUUGAAAAUAAUGAUUCCUGUGUUCUGCUUGAGUGGGCUUGGUAAGACAAGUGCAAAUCCUUGCGCUUGUAAAAUGGAGAGACAAGGAGAGCCUCUGAGGGAGUAUUAGGACAAAUUAAUCUUUUACCUUUCAUGAGAGACUGCUAUUUUUGUCCCAGUUAUAGGCUAUGGAAACACUUCCCAGCACUGGAGGGACUAUUCUUUCCAACUAAACUAAGCACAAUUUUUAUGUUCUGGACAAAGGAAGAAAAAUUUUUAUUAGAGACUCCAUCUGCAAGUGCAGCUUUCUUGCAGCCUCGUCAGCUGUUGUUGAGGGAAGUGUGGAUAAUUUAAAAAGUUAUGCUGCUAGGUAAAUAGCACACAUUUAGGGCUUUAUCUGCUUGCCUCCAUUUAUGCUUAUACUUUGCAUUUUAAUUGCGAAGCUUUGAAAGCUCCUUGUUUCACUCAAAACUUCAGCAGUGCUGAGGGGAAGAAUGCUGAAUAUCUUUUACCUUACCAGGUAAGCAACUCAAAGCUUGUUCCUCAGGACUCUUUAAAAACAGGCUGUAAUGACUCCCUGGACAGGUUUCCAGUGGGGAAGAUCGCAGUACUGUUGAACGGUAUACACUAUCACUGCAGUAAUUGGACAAACACUGUAAUUCCUUUAUUAAAACGAAAGCAGGAAAAAAACAUUGACAACGUAAACAAAAUAAAAUCUAAAUCUGUCUGAAA